CUCUUCCUCUCUCUCUCCCUUUCAUUUCAUCAACUUCCAACUCUUCCUCAUCUUACUUUCCUUUGUAGUCUCUCUCUCUCUCCUUAAUUCUAGCUAGUUUCAAUCAAGAAGAACACAUAUAAUGGCAGCAGAGGCUGAUACUACUACUAGUGGUGAACAUCAAACUCCCAAUCGAGAUUUACCGUCAGAUCAUUCGCCCUUUAUGAUCAAUUCUUCUAAUUGCUUCCCUAUCACUCUCAAGUUCCUUGACGUGUGUUACCGAGUGAAGAUAGACAACAAAUUACAGUACAAAGGCGGCUGCUGUUUCUCAAAAGGACGCCUCAUGCAAAAGGGACAACCCGGACAAGAGCCACAAGAACGGACCAUCCUACAUGGAAUCACAGGCAUGGUGUCUCCGGGAGAAAUCCUAGCCAUUCUCGGGCCAUCGGGUAGCGGCAAAUCCACGCUCCUCAACGCCCUUGCUGGCAGGCUUACCCAGAGACACCAUGGGACCGUCUUAGCCAACGGACGAAGCCUCACCAAAGCCGUCCUCCGUAGGACCGGCUUCGUCACUCAGGACGACGUUCUCUAUCCUCACCUCACCGUCCGCGAAACCCUCGUUUUCUGCUCCCUCCUCCGCCUCCCUCAAAGCGUCUCCAAAAGAGACAAAAUCUCCGCCGCCGAGUCGGUGAUCUCCGAGCUGGGAUUGCACAAGUGCGAGAACACCAUCAUCGGCAAUACCUUCAUACGUGGCGUGUCGGGAGGAGAGAGAAAGCGAGUGAGCAUAGGGCACGAGAUGCUGAUGAAUCCCAGCUUGCUGAUCCUGGACGAGCCGACGUCAGGCUUGGACUCUACGGCUGCUCACCGGCUGGUCAGCACGUUGGAGUCGCUGGCUCAGAAAGGAAGGACGAUCGUGACUUCCAUGCACCAGCCGUCGAGCCGAGUUUACCAGAUGCUCGAGUCGGUGCUGGUGCUGAGCGAUGGGAAGUGCUUGUAUUUUGGGAAGGGGAGCGAGGCCAUGAGCUACUUUGGAUCUCUUGGCUUCUCGCCGGCUUUUCCUAUGAACCCUGCGGACUUUCUCCUUGAUCUCGCUAAUGGAGUUUGCCAACUUAAUGGUGUAAGCGAAAGAGAUACGCCCAACAUGAAAGAAAUCCUUGUUUCCUCAUACAAUACGUUGUUAGCUCCCAAGGUGAAGGCUGAGUGCUUGGGAAAUGGCCUUGUUGUAUCAACCAAAGAAAAUACCUACAUCGAGAACCAUUCUUGUAACAAAGAUGAGCGCAGAAAUAUUGGUCUCACAAAAAUCCCUGGGGUUUCCACUUGGUUCAACCAAUUCAACAUUUUGCUGCAAAGAAGCCUCAAGGAACGAAAGCAUGAAGCCUUCAACUCACUGAGAGUGUUCCAAGUAGCGGCUGGAGCCUUGUUAGCUGGCUUAAUGUGGUGGCAGUCUGAUUAUUUAGAUGUCCAGGAUCGUUUAGGGCUUCUCUUCUUCAUCUCUAUUUUCUGGGGUGUCCUGCCCUCUUUCAACUCGGUUUUCGCAUUCCCGCAAGAACGCGCCAUCUUCCUCAAGGAACAGGCCUCGGGUAUGUACACAUUGUCUUCAUAUUUCAUGGCUCGAUUGGUUGGAGACUUACCAAUGGAGCUCAUUCUCCCUACAAUCUUUCUCACCAUCACUUACUGGAUGGCUGGAUUAAAACCCGAUUUCGGUGCUUUUCUCUUGACAUUACUGGUUCUACUAGGCUAUGUGCUUGUGUCUCAAGGGCUUGGCCUUGCUUUAGGCGCUGCUAUCAUGGAUGCCAAACAGGCUUCCACCGUAGCCACCGUGACGAUGCUAGCUUUUGUGCUAACCGGAGGAUAUUACGUGCAUAAGGUUCCGUCCUGUUUGGCUUGGAUCAAAUAUAUUUCUACUACGUUUUAUAGUUAUAGGCUGCUAAUCAAUGUGCAAUAUGGGGAAGGUCCUAAAAUCUCUUCCCUCUUGGGCUGCUCAUCUCAACGUCGUCAUCAUGCAGGUGAUCAUAAAGUAAACUGCAAGUUUGUUGAACAGGAUGUUGCAGGGCAAAUUAGCCCUGUGGUGAGCGUUUGUGUCUUGUUGUUUAUGUUUUUUGCAUAUAGAUUAUUAGCUUAUCUUGCAUUAAUGAGGCGCAUUAAAGCCUAAAUUAAGUCUACAAUUUUACAUUACAUGCAUCUAAGUUCCUUGUUCUUCAAGGGUUCUCUUAAUUGUAAUUAAUUCUCCAGAAUGGAUGAGAAGACUCGGAAGUCAGAAGGGUGGAUUUUUUAUUUUUUUUU